AUGGCAGACGUGGAGAUGGAAGCGAUGAUUUUUGCAGCUACGCCUUCCCUUGGGGAAUUUGGCUCUAUGCUGGACAGCUUCAAGCUCUGCAGACCCGCUGCUCCGGAGCACCCGCAGCCGCUCCUGCCCUUGAAGGACGCCCACGACGGUGUUAUUUUCUGGAUUGAUCCUGAUGUAGGUGCUGGUUACCAGUUGCUUCUGCAGGUGCUGAAAGAUGUUCAGCGGGAGGGGAACAGAGCUGGAAACAAAGAGCAGACUCCGCGGGCAGGAAUCACCAAGGACCACACUUGUCUCGUUCUCACAAGUUUAAAUUUAAUGUUCAGUGCUUACGAGGACUUCUAUGGAUAUUACGUUAUUCGUACCAGUGGCAUCCUUGAGAGCAGCUUCCUUAAUAGCAUAUUUAUCAAGGGUUAUGGGGAUGAGUCCUCCAUUCAGGAGGUCAUCAAGGACUUUGUGAAGAGUCAUAUACAGAAUGGACUCACUGGUCCUUCAGGGUAUGUCACAGAUGGGCCAGGAAAUUACAAAUACAAAACAAAAUGCACCUGGCUCAUUGAAGGAAGGCCAAACACAAUCCUCAGGCUUCGAUUCAAUCACUUUGCCACAGAGUGCAGUUGGGACCACUUGUAUGUCUAUGAUGGAGAUUCGAUUUACGCUCCCUUACUGGCAGCUUUCAGUGGUCUUAUUGUUCCUGAGAAAGACAGCAAUGAAACAGUACCAGAAGUUGUAGCUACUUCUGGAUAUGCUCUUCUGCAUUUCUUCAGUGAUGCUGCCUAUAAUUUAACAGGGUUUAACAUCACAUAUAAUUUCAAUAUGUGUCCCAACAAUUGCUCCGGCCGAGGAGAGUGCAAGCUCAAGAACAGCAGCGAUGCUCUUGAAUGUGAAUGUGCCAAAUACUGGAAGGGAGAAGCUUGUGAUAUUCCCUACUGCACAGAUGACUGUGGGGCUCCUGAGAGAGGGCACUGCAGCUUUAAUGAUACUAAGACAUGUUUGUGCUCUGCAGGCUGGCAAGGUCCUGGCUGUUCAGUUCCUGUUCCUGCAAACCAGUCGUUUUGGACUCGGGAGGAGUACUCUCUUCCAAAACUUCCUAGAGCAUCUCACAAAACCAUAAUCCAUGACAAUAAAAUGUGGAUUGUUGGAGGCUAUGUCUUCAAUCAUUCUGACUCUCAGAAGGUUUUAGCGUAUGACCUUAUUUCUGAAGAGUGGCUUCCACUGGCCAACACUGUGAACUCCGUAGAGAUGAGAUAUGGUCAUUCGUUGGCGUUACAUGAGGAUGAUAUAUACAUGUACGGUGGAAAAAUAGAUGCAACGGGGAACGUGACCAGCCAGCUGUGGGUGUUCCACAUUCCCACCCAGACCUGGACUCAGGCGACACCAGAAGCCAAGGAGCGGUACGCUGUCGUUGGCCACUCGGCACACAUCGUCACCCUGCAAGACGGCAGCGCGGUCAUGCUCGUCAUCUUUGGGCACUGUCCUCUUUACGGGUAUAUCAGCAACGUCCAGGAAUACAACGUGGCCACAAAUAAAUGGAACAUUUUACAGACGAGCGGAGCUUUGGUGCAAGGAGGAUAUGGGCACAGUAGUGUUUAUGAUCCAAAUACAAGGUCAAUUUAUAUCCAUGGAGGUUACAAAGCGUUCAGUGCCAACAAAUACAGGCUAGCAGAUGACUUGUACAAAUAUGAAGUUGAUUCCCGUAUGUGGACGAUUCUGAAAGACAGUAGGUUCUUUCGCUAUUUGCACACGGCUGUGAUAAUGAGUGGAACCAUGCUGGUGUUUGGAGGAAACACGCACAAUGACACCUCCAUGAGUCACGGCGCCAAGUGCUUUUCUUCGGAUUUUAUGGCAUAUGAUAUUGCUUGCGAUCGGUGGUCUGUUCUUCCUCGCCCGGGUCUCCAUCACGAUGUGAACAGGUUUGGACAUUCGGCUGUGCUGUACAACAG